AUGCAGUAUCCAAUGUUCCGCAUGUAUGAACUGUCUACGAAAUUCUUCGACCUCCCUAAAGACCAGAAGGCCGAGAAGGUCCUCGACGCGACGAUGACCGGCUACAAUGGAAAGCAGCUCACAACUUGGUCUGCUUCUGAAGGCAUUGCCUUCGGCAUGCCAGCCGGCCGUCUGUUCGACCGACCGAAUCUUCCCGCCUGGUGGGAUCGAUCCCGGCUGCAAGAGAUCGAAGUCUUCAAAGCGAGCUGCUACAAUUUUAGCCUGGAUAUCCUAUCCUGCUUUGCCGUUUAG